AUGAAGACUUUGAUAAUUUUUUGCUUGGUCGCGGCAGUUUCUGCCAAGCAUGAAGCUUAUUUAGGAUGGAAGUCGUACUACGUGGCGCCAUCUACUCAAGAUCAACUCCAAUCCUUGGGUGGUAUGAUCUCUGGUUUUGAUCUGGACUUUUUGAGCAGAGCUGCCCUUAACCGCGAAGGAUUAGUACUCGUGAAGCCCGAGUAUCAAUCUGGAUUUGUUGCUGCUUUGAAAAACGAAGGGAUUCAGUAUUGGGUGCAUGCUGAAGACGUCAAAGCUCAGCUUGACCUUGAUGAUCAGGAUGCAGAAGCAGUCAGCAGAAGCACUCCUCCGAAGGGAGAAAUGGCAUAUGACAGAUACCAGCCUUUACAAGUAAUCUACGAUUACAUCGAUAGUGUUGCAAAGAACUACCCUAACCUCGUUACGUUGGUUACACCGGCAAAUUCCUACGAGGGUCGUCCUAUUAAGUACCUAAAGAUAUCUUCCACCAACUUCGAGGACAAAUCGAAAUCUCUUAUUUUUAUCGAAUCAACGACCCACGCGAGAGAAUGGAUCACUCCACCCGUGGCGACUUUCACCAUCCACAAGCUGGUAGAAAAUUUGACGAAUCCAGAUAUGUUGGAAAGAUUUGAUUGGAUCGUGUUGCCUGUUGUAAACCCGGAUGGAUAUGAAUUCACUCAUAACAGUACACGUUUCUGGCGCAAGACACGUUCCAUGGACCACUUCGACGGCCAGAGAUGCCCUGGAGUUGAUGGAAACCGUAACUUUGACUUCAAAUGGAACACUGUAGGUGUAAGCUCCAACCCAUGCGGAGAAACGUUCCCUGGAGGCGCACCAUUCUCUGAAGUCGAAAUUAGAGUAGUCCGAGACAUUUUGCAUGAGAAUUUGGAUAGGAUGGUGAUGUACCUUAGCAUGCAUAGCUACGGCAGCAUGGUUUUGUACCCAUGGGGUCAUGACGGAACACUCUCUAAUUACGCUUUUGCGCAACAAACCACAGCUGUGAACAUGGUGAAAGCCAUUACUGUGAGGGCUCUACCAGAUUUCCCUAAAUAUACUAUCGGAAACUCUAAAUUAGUGAUCGGUUACCCUACAUCUGGUUCAUCCCAGGAUUAUGCUCAUUACAUCGGAGUCCCUCUAUCAUUCACGUAUGAGUUGCCAGGACUCGGUCGAGGGCUCUUAGGCUUCCAUUUGAGUGCUAGGUACAUCAGACAAGUUGUAGAGGAGACUUGGGAGGGGAUCGUGGUUGGGGCGAGACGAGCUGGACAGUUGUACGGACCAAGUAACCGCUAUUAUUAA